AUGGAUUUCCAGCACAGAGCUGGAGGAAAAACUGGCACAGGAGGUGUUGCCUCUGCUUCUGAGAGCAACAGGGAUAGGCGAGAACGUCUUCGCCAGUUAGCCUUGGAGACCAUAGAUUUAAAUAAGGAUCCCUAUUUUAUGAAAAAUCAUCUUGGAUCUUAUGAAUGCAAACUUUGCUUGACACUUCAUAACAAUGAGGGCAGCUACUUGGCUCAUACUCAAGGCAAGAAACAUCAGAGCAACUUGGCUCGGCGUGCUGCCAAAGAAGCCAAAGAUGCUCCAGCACAGCCUGCUCCAGAGAGAGCUAGAGUGGACAUCAGGCGUUUUGUGAAGAUUGGGCGACCUGGCUACAAAGUGACUAAACAGAGAGACCCAGAAGCUGGCCAGCAGUCCUUGUUGUUUCAGAUUGACUACCCAGAAAUCGUAGAAUCACUUCAGCCACGCUAUCGUUUCAUGGCCGCCUACGAGCAGAGGAUCGAACCUCCAGACAGAAAAUGGCAGUACUUGCUGUUUGCCGCUGAGCCAUAUGAGACAAUAGCAUUUAAGGUGCCGAGUCGAGAAGUUGAUAAAGAUCCACGGAAGCUGUGGACCCACUGGAACAAGGAGACAAAGCAGUUCUUCCUGCAGUUUGCCUUCAAGGUUGACUCCAAGAUUGGUCGAGCUCCCAGUCCGAAGCCUUUACAGCCGGCCUCAUCCCUCCCACCACCAAUGCUUAUCCCUCCACCACCACCACCUCGUCUGCCCCCUCCACCAAUCCCCCCAGGUGGUUUAGGUUUUAUGCACCAAAGACUGCCUCCGCCGCCUUUGCCUCCCCUGGGUGUGCCACCUCCCCCUGGAGUGUCCAUGCCACCAAUGCCCCCUGGUAUGAUGCCACCGCCGCCAAUGAUGCGCCCUCCAGGUCCCCCAGGCAUGUCUAUGGCUCCACCCCCGCCUCCUAUUCCCCCGCCCUCUGCUUCUAGCAUACCUCCCCCUCUUGCCCCGCCACCUCCUCCUCCACCUCCUUCAUAA